AUGGCCGCAACCGCAACGACUGAGGACGCCGAGAAGCUUCAGUUCAUCGAGGAGAUGACCACCAACGUGGACGCCGUGCAGGAGCGCGUGCUGGCGGAGAUCCUCGCCCGCAACGCCGACGCCGAGUACCUCGCCAGCAACUGCGGCCUCGCCGGCACCACCGACCGCACCACGUUCCGGGCCAAGGUGCCCAUGGUGACAUACGAGGACCUGCUGCCGUACAUCCGGCGCAUCGCCGACGGCGACCGGUCUCCCGUCCUGACGGGGUCGGGACACCACUCCGAGUUCCUCGUCAGCUCCGGCACGUCCGGCGGCGAGCCCAAGCUGUUUCCGACCGUGAACGAUGAUCUCGACCGCCGCCUUCUGCUCCAGAGCCUCAUCAUGCCGGUCAUGAAGAAGAACGUGUCUGGCCUCGAUGAGGGGAGUGGUCUCUACUUCAACUUCGUCAAGUCGGAGACGACGACGCCGGGAGGCCUGCCACUGCGGACAGUACUGACGAGCCUGUUCAAGAGCGACCACUUGAAGAAGCUCCCAUACGACCCCUGCCACAAGUACACGAGCCCGACGGCGGCGGUGCUCUGCGAGGACACGUUCCAGAGCACGUACGCGCAGAUGCUGUGCGGCCUGUGCCAUCGCCACGCCGUGCGCCGCGUCGGCACCGUGUUCGCGUACGGCCUCCUCCGCGCGAUCAACUUCCUGCAGCUCAACUGGAGGCAGCUCGCCGCCGACAUCGAAGCCGGCGAGCUGACCCACCGCAUCACCGACCCCUCGGUGCGUGAGGCGGUCGCCGGCGUCCUCCGGCCGGACCCCGAUCUCGCCCAGUUCAUUCGCAUGGAAUGCUCCAACUCAAAUGGCGGCGACUGCUGGGCCGGUGUCAUCACGCGCAUUUGGCCGAACACCAAGUACCUCGACGCCAUCGCCACCGGUUCGAUGGCGCAGUACAUCCCGACCCUGAAUUUCUACAGCGGCGGCUUGCCGAUAGCCUCCACCAUCUACGGGUCCUCGGAGUGCUUCUUCGGCAUCAACCUCCGGCCGAUGUGCGACCCGUCCGAGGUGUCCUACACCAUCAUGCCCAACAUGGCCUACUUCGAGUUCCUCCCGCUGGACGGCGAUGGUGGCGACGCCAGCCAGCUCGUGGAGCUCGCCGGUGUGGAACUCGGGCGCGAGUACGAGCUGGUGGUCACCAACUACUCCGGGCUGUGCCGGUACCGCGUCGGCGACGUGCUCCGCGUGACGGGGUUCCACAACGCGGCGCCGGUGUUCCGGUUCGUGCGCCGCGGGAACGUGGUGCUGUCCGUGGACGUCGACAAGACCGACGAGGCCGACCUGCAGCGCGCGGUGGAGCGCGCGUCGUCCGCGCUGCUCCGGCCGCACGGCGCCGCCGUGCUGGACUACACCAGCCGGGUGUGCACGGAGAGCAUCCCGGGGCACUACGUCGUCUACUGGGAGCUGAUGGUCGUCGGCGACGGGGGCGAGAGCGUGGACGACGACGGUGACGUGCUGGGCCGGUGCUGCCUGGAGAUGGAGGAGGCCAUGAACUCGGUGUACCGGCAGAGCCGGGUGGCGGACGGCUCCAUCGGGCCAUUGGAGAUCCGGGUCGUCCGGUCGGGCACCUUCGAGGAGCUCGCCGACUACGCCAUCUCCCGCGGCGCGUCCAUUGGGCAGUACAAGGUGCCCCGGUGCGUGAGCGCCCCGGACAUGAUCCAGCUGCUGGACUCCCGCGUGGUGUCGCGCCACUCCAGCCCGGCGCUGCCGCAUUGGGUCUGCAGCUUGGCUCCACCUUCACCCAAGAAUAGUAUUACUUUGCUUGCAUACCCCUCAAGAAGGCAUCAAUAA